CCCCGGCAGCCAUCGCGGCGCUGACGCCGGCUGUCUCCCGGUUGGCGGCGGUGCCCCGGGCAGAGAUGCAGCGGGGUGCGGUGGCCUUCGAGGAUGUGGCCGUGCGCUUCUCCCCCGAGGAGUGGAGGCAGCUGAUGCGGUGGCAGCGGCAGCUCUACUGGGAGGUGAUGCUGGAGAACCGAGACCUCGUUGCCAGCCUGGUCUCCGAGUCCAAGUUUGUCUGCAAGAUGGAGGCUGAGGAGGAGUCGUAUGUGGGAGACCCCUGCGACAGAGGGGACCGGGCUGCUCCUGACACCUCUGGAACCUCUGCCUGGGACAUGGCUGCUGCUGAGGAGCUGUCUAAGGAAGACAACCGGGGAUGCUGGGUCCCGUGCACGGUGCAAGCCAGUGAAGCCAAGGUGUGGUACCCACCGCUCCGCUCCAGCUUGUGUGACACAGAGACCUGGGCCAGAGCCUCCCCCCAGGGGCUAUCGGGGAGUGAGCAGAUGCCGGUGUCCAGGGCGCUUCUCAUCUGUAGCACCUGCGGGCAGAGCUUCGAGGACGAGGCCCGGCUGCGCACACACGAGGGUGAGCACCUGCAGCCGGCACCCUCCUACCAGUGCAGGGCCUGCGGGAAAGCCUUCCGCCACCACCGCAACCUCCUGACGCACAAGAAGCACCGGGGCCGGCACCGGCACGUCUGCGCCGAGUGCGGCAGCACCUUCUGCUUGAAAGGCGACCUGCUGCGGCACCGGGCGAGCCACGGCAGUGAGAGCAGCUACUGCUGCCCGCUGUGCGGGGACAGCUUCCUCCACAAGCGCAAGCUGCAGGCGCACCUCAAGGAGCACGCGGCCGGCAACGCCUGCCACGAGUGCUCCGACUGCAAGAAGCGCUUCAAGGACGAGGCCAGCCUGAGCCGGCACCGGGCGGCACACGGCGAGGAGCGGCCGUUCCGGUGCGGGCGCUGCGGGCGCAGGUUCAGCUGGCAGGAGAGCCUCAUCAUCCACCAGCGCAGCCACGCGCGGGAGCGCUCCCACCAGUGCUCCGUCUGCGGGCGCUGCUUCAGCCGCAGCGGGUACCUGCUGGCGCACCAGCGCGUGCACACGGCCGAGCGGCCCUUCCCCUGCCCCGAGUGCGGGAAGAGCUUCCAGCACCGGGGGAACCUCGUCACCCACCUGCGGGUGCACACCGGGGAGAAGCCCUUCACCUGCACCGUCUGCGGCAAGAGCUUCAGCCAGAAGGGUGACCUGAUGCGGCACCAGCGCAUCCACACUGGGGAGAAGCCGUUCUCCUGCACCGUCUGCGGCAAGAGCUUCUGCUCCAAGCAGACCUUCGUCCUGCACCAGCGCAUCCACACAGGCGAGAAGCCCUUCUCCUGCAGCGAGUGUGGCAAGAGCUUCAACCGUAAGGCCAACUUCCUCACCCACCAGAAGAUCCACCGUGGUGAGCGCCCCUUCACCUGUGCCGAGUGCGGCAAGGGCUUCUGCGCCAAGAAGACCUUCAUCCUCCACCAGAAGAUCCACGUCGGCGACCGGCCCUUCAGCUGCUCCGAGUGCGGGAAGAGCUUCAGCCGCAACGGUGACCUGACGCGGCACCAGCGCAUCCACACGGGCGAGCGGCCCUUCGCCUGCGCCGACUGCGGCAAGAGCUUCAGCCACAACGGCGAGCUCAUCAAGCACCGGCGCAUCCACACCGGCGAGAAGCCCUUCACCUGCACGGAGUGCGGCAAGAGCUUCAACCGCAAGGGCACCCUCAUCACCCACCAGCGCAUCCACACGGGCGAGCGCCCCUUCGCCUGCGCCGACUGCGGCAAGACCUUCAACCUGAAGACGACGCUGAUGAAGCACCAGCGCAUCCACACGGGCGAGCGCCCCUUCACCUGCCUCCAGUGCGGGAAGAGCUUCAAGUACAAGGGCAACCUGCGGACGCACCACCUCACCCACGCCGUGCAGCGGGUCUACCCCUGUACCGAGUGUGGCCGCGUCUUCGCCCACAAGAAGGAGCUGACAGUGCACCAGCGUGGGCAUGCCGAGGAGAGGAUCCUGUCCCGGUGCCGCGAGGGAGAGCCCUUCGGCCCCUUCCUCCCCGUGCACCCGCUCCUUGUGCCCUGCACCCAGCGCCCUGUGCCGCUCUCCAAGUACAAGUAGGGGUUGGUGGCUGUGAGGACAGCUCAGCAUCCUGCCCAGGGUGUGUUCCCACCGAUGGAGCGGUGAGGGGAGGAAUGAGACCAUCACCAGAGCCUUGAGCCUGCUGCGGGGCCAGCGGUGCGGUGGGGUCAGUGGUUUUCCCAGCUACCGGCUG